AGCGCGUGCUGCCUGGUGUUCCGGUGCGCGCGGGCCACGACGGGAGGAGAGCGGGUGUCGCGCGCGUCCUGUACAGAUCAGACCGCAUCAGACCUCUCGCGGAUUUCUCUUCUUCACUAUGGCGCGAUGCGCUCCUCCUGACAUCGGCACCGAGGAUGAAGGUGACGGAUGAAAGAUGGAGAAACUAUCCGCGUGCAUUAACGGACUCCCAUGGAGCUCCGUGGAGCUGCCGCUGGACGUGAUCGUGAGCAAAUUCCGCCUACCGACGCUCGUGCGGCUGAGCCACGGUGAGAAUGUGGAGGGUUUAUCAGAGGAGGACGUGAUAUUGCUUCACUCCUGCAGACAGUGGACCACCAUCACUGCCCACAGCCUUGAGGAGGGUCAUUAUGUGAUCGGACCCAAAAUAGACAUCCCAUUACAGUAUCAAGGGAAAUUUAAGUUACUGGAUCAGGAUCGGGAUGUACGUGAGCCAGUUCAGUAUUUUGGAAGUGUGGAAGAAAUUGCAGAAAUCUUUCCUGACCGUGUGUUCGUCUUGGAGCCCAUUACGUUCAGCGUUAAGGUAGUUUCUGGAGAGUUCACGGAGGACAGUGAGUUGUAUAAUUUCUCUCUGCAGACGGGAGAUGAAUUAACUCUGAUGGGCCAGGCAGAAUUACUCUGCGUUCAAUCAACUCGUGAGAAAUCCCGCCUAACCACGCUGCUACGCCGACUGGGUAAGGCGAGUGGAGCUUUGGGACGUCCCGCACGCACAAAGAUGCCUUGUUUGAUAUGCAUGAAUCAUCGAACAAAUGAGAGCGUCAGUUUGCCGUUCCAUUGCCGUGGGCGCUUCUGCACACGUUCGCUGCAGGAGUUGCAAAUGCAGGGCGGCGAAUAUACCGUACGUAGCAUAAUCGAGCGUGUACGACUACCUGUGAACGUAUCUGUGCCAUCACGACCUCCUCGAAACCCAUACGACCUGCACGCGAUCCGCGAGGGCCAUCGUUAUAAACUUCUCAGCAUCAUCAGCAAAACUGUCGUUCUCUGCUGCAUACUUCGCAAAGAGGAAGUUAGUCCAUCUCACUUCCUGUUAUUAACGGACAUGCCCCGCUUUGCUCUGCCGGAUGGUCUUUUGUGCGUGGAUGCUUCCUACCAGCAGGUGGUGCUACAGUGUGCGUUGCGGUGCCAGGAGAGCUUCAACCCGGAUGAUUAUUCACGUGCCGUGCGCGAAGUGAAGAUGGAUUUCUCGGAGGAGUGUCUAAGCCCGCGACGGAUUCGAGUUUGUGUUCAGGGCUACGGCCGUGACGAGCUCGGGACGUCCUUACAGGGACUGUCUUUGUGCGUGUACGGAGGCGGAGCGGUCACACACACUCACACGAUCUCGCAUGGCUGCAGAGACUCGCUGCUCGAUGCACAAACACUGCCCUCUAAUGACGGUGACGGAGAGGAACAAGAAUACGUCAUGCCUGAUUGGUCGACAGAGACGCAGGAGAUUCCGUACGAGGAGCUCUGGACCGAUCAGACUUCGGGAAGCUUUGGUGUGACUUCUGAGAGCGGUGUGAAGGCAGAGCAUAACCUCAUAUCCUUUCACUCCACUACCACGUCAUUGGAUGGAAUGAUAGGAUCCACCCACGUUGCCAUGGUGCAGAUGGAAGCAGGAAGAGUGUCGAGAGUAUCGACUCCACCUCCCGUCCCACCCAAAUCAGAAGCUGUGAAAGAGGAGUGUCGUUUCUUAAACGCUCCUCCUGUUCCUCCCCGCUGUGCUAAAGGCCCUGCCUCCAGCCCUCCAGUCCUGCCCUGUUUCCCUAAAACUCCACCCACACAGACACUUAGCCCAAACCUCUUUUAUUCAUCUGGACUGCAAGAGAGUUCUGCUCCUCGUAGUGGCAGUAGCUCUCCGUCACCAGACUCUUAUUCUCUCUACUGUUACCCGUGCACCUGGGCUGACUGUGUGACCUCUGACCCCUGUGUAAGCCCUGAUCCCGCCCAGCCUGCACAGGCCUGUUGGUCCAACCCCAGAGGAGGUGGGGCCUACACCUCCAACAUCCUAAAUACACCUCUUCUGAGCACUGACUCCACCCAAAAAAACUACUCCACCUGUCCCAGGCCAUGCCCGGUGGUGCAGAACCGCUUUGCACCAUUUGGUGCUCUAAACCCUUUUGCCAAUCCAGGACAUGCCCACAGCUCCUCUGAUUGGCUCACUACUGGUAGGAACUCCCCCACUCUGAUACCUGACCUCAUUAGCUCCACCCCCCAGGAGCCUCAAGCCAAUCAGGGAGGUUCAAAGGUGGUUCCCGAGCCUCCGCCCAGACCAUUCAAGAGUUCAGAAGAGGACAUGGUCACAGUAAACCCCGCCUCUGUAUCAGUUACCAUGGUGAGAGGGGCCGAAGGCGGGGCCGGGUCAUCAUGGCGACCCCCAGCGGAGCUGUGCUGGCUUUCUGUGGAGGAAGUUUCGUCCAGUCUGCGGUUCAUUGGCCUUUCAGAUGACGUGGUUGGUCUGUUCAGCCGAGAGAGGAUUGAUGGCUCUAUUUUCACCCAGCUGACGGAGGAAAUUCUGUCUGAGGACUUUAACCUCACAAAGUUACAGGUCAAAAAAAUCAUGCAGUUCAUCAAGGGAUGGAGACCCAAAAUAUGAAGAGCGUGGGAAUGUGUGUGUGUGUGUGUGUUUGUAUUGUAGGCAAAGGGAAUGAAAGGGCAGCGUCCUCAUAUUCUGAUGAAUUUUUGGAUAUUUUUAUCUUGGGGUUCAUUCCUAUCAUGCAGUACAUUUUCAUGCCUCAAUCAUACGUCUAAAUUAUUUUAUAAAAUAUGAAACACUUAAUUUUCCCCACAAUAUUACGAUUAAGUGAACUUAGGGGUGAAUUUUAAAUAAUUCCUGAAUACUGUAUAUUCAUUUUUCUACCUUUCUAUAAUAGAAAUGUUUCAAACAAAAUGUGUUUUUUGGACAUAUUGUUUAAACUGGUAAUCAAUUUAUAGUUGUUUUUUUUAUACACAAAACAUAUUUUAGCAUAUUUUAAAAAUUAAAAAAUUUCAAUUUCAUAACAAAAUUCCAUCACAUUGAAUUGCGUAUUUUUUAACUAAAUUAAAAAAUAAAAAUUUACAUUUUUUUCUUUUCUUUUGUUAAAGAUUACUCAAAUACAUUUUAUGGAAUUUUGUUAUGAAAGUAAAAUGCGUAAAUCUUUAAAAAAACAAAAACAAUUGAGUAUAGGUCUGUCUGUAAUAUCACUUGAAGUGACAUCAUUUUUGGUGGGAAAACAAGAGACCAAACAUCAGUAAGUAGCAGGACUGAAUUACAUGAGUUAUGUCAUAUUUUGUGGUAUUACAGUUGUUGUUUCUCACACAAUUGUUGCUUUUCAAACCCCCUUGUAAGCUAACUCUAACUUUAGCUCUUUAUUUCCAUCCUAUUAGGAUUCUUGUUAAUUUUCCUGCCAUUGUGUAAAUAAGCAAGUUAUAAUGGAUAAAGUUGAAGAGCCUGAGCUUGAGCAGAGUAUAUUUCUGAAAGUCUGGUAUAACCUUUUAUAAAAACAAAAGCAUAUUCAUUUUUAAAAUUUAAAGAGUUCAAAAAGUACUGCAUGACAGGAAUGGCCCUUGAUUAUUUCACACCUCUCUAAUAGAAGCACUGAGAGAUUGUGACAUAUAUAUAUAUAUAUAUAUAUAUAUAUAUAUAUAUAUAUAUAUAUAUAUAUAUAUAUACAAUAUAUUAUAGAGCACCAUUUGAUGUUUAUGCUUUUGUUAUGUAAUGAUUGUUUAUUUUGGGGUGGAAUGGUUUCGCGUGCCUUUAAUGGACAUCAGAUGGGUGUCCUGCCAGAAACAUACUCCACGCAAGUAUGCAGACACGGACAUGGAUACUUAUCGUGAAUUCUUGUUACAGUGGCGGUAACAAACCUCAGUACUCUAGGGGGCGAUAGAGUUACCUUCAAACAAACAGUAUAUGUAUGGCAAGCCGAAUUGACUUUCAAUUAUGUGGAGGGUAUGAAUUAUAUGUAGAAAUCAACAGUUCCUUUUUUAUUAGUUCAAAUGUUAAUUCUUGAUAUCAGGAUUGUAAAUACUACUGGUAAAAGUGCUUAUUUUUUAUAUCAGAAAUUAAAUUUGAACUAGUAAAAUCGUUCAUUCUUGAUAUAAAAAAUGAUGUUAUCACUUGUGGACAUACACAAUAACCCCGUUUCCUCCUGGUAUUAAGAUGCGUGAUCCGAUCACGUGGUCAGCCCUAAAUACAGGUCUAAAAUGUUUUUUUUUUUUUCACUAGUAGUAAUUCUAUCCCUGAUAUCAAGAAUUAGCAUUUUAACUAGUGAAAAAUCUAUUUGAGAUAUCUAUAAAUCAUAUCCUGCACAUGAUUAAAUGUCAAAAGAGUUUGCAAUAAGCACCUCUUGCAUUGCGUUCAGACACAUAUCGGAAGGUAUAAAAGCUUGCGUUGAGUGAUUUUAGGCCUUAAUAAUAAUUAUUUAAAUCUUUUAAACAUUUAAUUUGAAAUUUACAGCACAAUAUUCAUAUACAGAUGCACGCACACAAGAAGCGGGAGAGAUUUUAAAGAGUUUUAGAGAUGUGUAAAAGAGUUCAGUUUGUGAUGUACAUGUUAAUAAGAGUGCUCUAAACAAGAACACACUGUAAUUAGUUGAAAGUAAUUAAGAGUUUACUAACCUCAGCCUCUGCUGAUGGAGUGUGUGUGUGUGUGUGUAAGGUGAGUCAGAGCUGCUGAAAUGAGAAGGUUUUAGUAACCUUAUAUCGCAGUUUUAGAAAGCGUUUUAUCAACAUUUCAGGAAUGUUUCUGGAAUGUUUAUUUAACAGAUUGCCCUCUAUAGACGCAUUUGUACUUGAAUAAUAUUUAACAACGAUAGUGUGUGUUUCAUUUGUAUAGUAAUUUCAUUAUUUGUACCAUUUAAUCAUGAUGGAUAAGCUACAGAAAACAAUAAACCAAUAGUGCUCA